AUGUUAUCACCAUCUCGGUUAUGCAGCCAGUGUUGCCUAAGCGGUCACCUGCAGCACAAGUUCAGAGCGCGGCAAGCCACGACCAGCCGCUUCGGGUUGAGCGUCACGGUGCCCAGGAGAAUGUUGACCGAGUCCUCGUUCUUCUACCAUGCCAGCGCGGAAUUCGUGGACAAGAUCUGCGAAGACGUUGAGGACGUCUUCUUCGCCCCAGGCGAGAGAAUCGUCAAGGUUGGGGAGGCGUGCAGGCUUGGCCUCACCCCCUGCUACGUGCUGCUCUGCGGCGAGGCCGUCGUCGAGGACGAGUUCUCCCUGAAGGUCGGCACGCUCUGGCCCGGCGACGUGUUCGGGGAG